CAAUAGAAAGUCUCCAACAAGCCCACAGUUUUUUUACCACUGGCCAAAAGUAGGCCUUGUUCUAAUAUAAACCCUAGUUUGUUCAUUGCUUUUGCUUUCUACGUGUUUUCUAGGGUUUUCUUCCGCCGUUCUAAAUCACAGAAAGCUUUGAAGAAGAAGCUUUUGGAGGUGCAAAACAUGGGGCCGAAGAAAGGUGGAAAGGUGGCUGUGCCCGCCAAGAAGAAACAAGAGAAGGUUGUCAAUCCGUUGUUUGAGAAGCGUCCAAAGCAGUUCGGCAUUGGAGGGGCUUUACCUCCUAAGAAGGAUUUGCAUCGAUUCGUGAAGUGGCCUAAGGUUGUUCGUAUUCAAAGGAAGAAGAGGAUCCUCAAGCAGAGGUUGAAGGUUCCACCAGCAUUGAACCAGUUCACCAAGACUCUUGACAAGAACCUCGCAACAAGUCUGUUCAAGUUGCUCCUCAAGUACAGGCCAGAGGACAAAGCGGCCAAGAAGGAACGUCUCUUGAAAAAGGCCCAGGCCGAGGCUGAAGGAAAAGCCCCCGAGUCUAAGAAACCAAUUGUUGUGAAAUACGGUCUUAACCAUGUUACUUACCUUAUCGAGCAGAACAAGGCUCAAUUGGUUGUUAUUGCUCAUGAUGUGGAUCCCAUAGAGUUGGUAGUGUGGCUUCCGGCUUUGUGCAGGAAAAUGGAGGUCCCAUAUUGCAUUGUUAAGGGAAAAUCACGUUUGGGAUCGAUUGUCCACAAGAAAACUGCUUCCGUCUUGUGUUUGACCACGGUUAAGAACGAGGAUAAGCUGGAAUUCAGCAAAGUACUCGAGGCAAUCAAGGCAAACUUCAAUGACAAGUACGACGAGUACAGGAAGAAGUGGGGUGGCGGCAUCAUGGGCUCCAAGUCACAAGCCCGAACCAAAGCGAAGGAGAAGCUUCUUGCAAAGGAAGCUGCACAGAGGAUGACAUAGAGGAAUUAAUAGACCUUUUGUCGCAGUUCGUGUUUUUGAUUAAAUAGUCUUUUGUAGUAAGGUACGAUCGAUUUUCGACUCGGGUUUACUCUCUUUUCCGGAGGAACAUUCAUAUACUUUUGUGGUUGAACUUUCUAAAUGCCUAGUUUGUUGUUUGUGCUGAAGUUUUGUGAUUUUCUAAUGAAUUGUCAAUCAAAUGUUUUUAUUUUUA